CAAUAUCAAAGUAAGCGGAGGAGCUUUGGAUUCCUGCCACCCCACAUGUCUGAGCUGAGGAUCAUUCUGCUGGGAAACAACUGGUCUGACAAAUGUUCAGUUGCAAACUUGAUUCUGGGAAAUUCUGCCUUCAACCCUCAGCAGGAACCCAGCUCCUCUAAGACAGCCAACAGAUUUAUCGGAAUGACAAAWGUAGUUUGCAUCAACACACCGUCAGAUCUGCUCCAUGCUSAKGUUCCUCCAAACAAGCUCCAAAAACAUGUGGAGUACUUUGUGAGUCUGUCAGAUCCUGGACCUGAGGUGUUCCUGGUGGUUGUGCAGCCUGAUGUCUUCACUGAGGACAACAAGCAGAAACUCUGCUCAGUCCUCGAACUGUUCAGAGCCCGCUCCUUUGACCGGACACUGGUUCUGACUCUAACACCCAAACAGAAUACAACAAGUUUCUGCAAACCUUUACAAGACCUGAUCAAAAGGUGCAGACAUCAGAUUUUCAGUUUGAAGACCCAAGAUCCUUCUGAGCUGCGGAAGAGUUUGAAGGAAAUCGUAGAGACGAACACGGACAGACCUGUGACCUCUGACCACCCACACAGCCGAGUCAGAAAAGAACUUCUUGACCCUCCAGGAUCUGCCCCAAAUGUUGACUGUGAGAUGUUUCUUAUUGAUGUUUCAGUGUCUGAGCUGAGGAUCAUUCUGCUGGGAAACAACUGGUCUGACAAAUGUUCAGUUGCAAACUUGAUUCUGGGAAAUUCUGCCUUCAACCCUCAGCAGGAACCCAGCUCCUCUAAGACAGCCAACAGAUUUAUCGGAAUGACAAAWGUAGUUUGCAUCAACACACCGUCAGAUCUGCUCCAUGCUSAKGUUCCUCCAAACAAGCUCCAAAAACAUGUGGAGUACUUUGUGAGUCUGUCAGAUCCUGGACCUGAGGUGUUCCUGGUGGUUGUGCAGCCUGAUGUCUUCACUGAGGACAACAAGCAGAAACUCUGCUCAGUCCUCGAACUGUUCAGAGCCCGCUCCUUUGACCGGACACUGGUUCUGACUCUAACACCCAAACAGAAUACAACAAGUUUCUGCAAACCUUUACAAGACCUGAUCAAAAGGUGCAGACAUCAGAUUUUCAGUUUGAAGACCCAAGAUCCUUCUGAGCUGCGGAAGAGUUUGAAGGAAAUCGUAGAGACGAACACGGACAGACCUGUGACCUCUGACCACCCACACAGCCGAGUCAGAAAAGAACUUCUUGACCCUCCAGGAUCUGCCCCAAAUGUUGGACGUUACUGCAUCAUGCUUUUAGGAAAAAGUCAACUCAUGAAGACACAACUCAGCAACUUUAUCACGACAAAAAUUUCCAAGUCUUCAAGUUCAGGCGAGCCGGUCAAAGAGGGUCUAUGGAAUGGAAAAUUCUUAUUUGUGGUGGAAGCUCCAGAAAGUCUGUCUCCAAGAGUCAUGAGAGAAGAACUGAAAAAGUGCAUAAGCCUUUGUCCUUCUGGACCAAAUGUUCUGCUGCUGUUAGUGAAGCCCUCAGACUUCACAGAGAAGGACAGACACACACUGAGGUCCACACUGAGUCUGUUUGGUAAAAAGGCUUUCAAGCACUCAAUGGUCAUCAUGACACAAGAAGGAAAACACACAAGUUUCUCUGUGAAUUCACUCAUCACAGAAUGUGAGGGAAGACAAUACAACACAUUUGGAAAUGACCACAGAGGGUUGAUGGAAAAGAUCGAGGGCAUUGUGACAAAAACCAGAGGUGCCAUCCUGACCAUCAAAGAUCAGUCAGCAGAACCAAAGUCUGAUCAGAUGAGACCAGCGUUAAACCUGGUUCUGGUUGGGAGCAGAAGACCACAGAAGACUUCAGCAGCUGAAGCUAUAUUAGAUCAGACAGAUCUUCCUCCAGCCUCCAGCCCAUCAGAGUGGGUUAAACAUGAGGCAGAGGUGUGUGGACGUCAGGUUUCUGUGCUACAGAUGCCUCCUCUGUACGACAAACCACCUGAGGAAGUGAUGGAGGAAACCCUCAGAAGAGACAAGAACAUCCAGGAGCUCUGUCAGAGCUGUGGAGGAAGAUAUUUUGUUCUUAAUGUCAAAGACAAGAAGGAAACAUCUAAAAUGAUCCAAUAUGUGGAGAAAAUGAGACAGAGCACAGAUGAGCAGCACAGUUACACAACAGAAUCACUCACACAAGCCUACAUGGAUGAAACCAUCCAACUAAAGAAAGAAAACAUCCUGCUACAAGCAAAACUGUCAAACCUGACAUCAGGGGGAAAAGUUACUGGUGUUGAAGAGCAGCAGAGACCAGAGAGUCUCAGGAUUGUUCUGAUUGGGAAGACCGGCAAUGGGAAGAGUUCAUCAGGAAACACCAUUUUAGGAAGACGUGUAUUUGAAGCCAAACCAAGUCAAAGAUCUGUCACCAAGCACUGUCAAAAAGAACACAUUGUAGUGAACGGUCGUCAUGUUUCUGUUGUGGACACUCCUGGUCUGUUUGACAACACUUUGUCUACUGAAGAAGUUGAUAAAGAAAUGUUGAAAUGCAUCAGUCUUCUGGCUCCAGGACCACACGUCUUCCUGCUGGUGAUACAGAUCGGCAGAUUCACAGAAGAAGAAAAGCAGACACUCAAACUUAUAAAGGAGGGUUUUGGGAAAAAUUCAGAUUCAUUCACUAUUAUUCUUCUUACAAAAGGAGAUGUUCUAAAACGAAAUAAUCAGUCCAUUGAAGAUUACAUUGAAAAGGGAUGUGAUGACUCCUUUAAAAAUCUUAUUGAUGACUGUGGCGGAAGAUACCAUGUGUUUGAUAACAAUGAUAAGACAAACCGAGCACAAGUCAGGGAGCUGUUAGCUAAGAUUGAAGCCACAGUGAAGAAAAAUGGAGGCAGCUGCUUCACCAGCCAGAUGCUGCAGGAAGCUGAUGAUGCCAUAAAGAAAGAAACAAAGAGAAUCCUGCAGGAAAAAGAAGAAGAGACAAAGAAAAGUAUUAAGGAACUGGAAACCAGACAUCACAAAGAAAAGGAGGACAUGGAAAGAAAAAUGAGAGAGCAGAGAGCAAAAACUGAACAAGAGAUUAAACAGAAAGACAUGAAAAUCAAGGAAAUGAUGGAAAAAAUCCAGGAGGUGAGAGAAGAAAUGAAGAAAGAACAAGAAAGAAGACAGGAAGAAGAAAACAAGAGGAAGCGUGAGAAACAAGUUUUGGAGGAAGAGUUUGCAGCAUUAAAGAAAAACAAAUCAGAAGAGGAGCUGUUGAUGCGCAAAGCAUCCAUUAGGAUGCAACGUGAAACUCUGAAGAAACAAAGGAAAGUCUUAAAGGAGAAACGAAAACAAGAAGAUGAACAGAGGCAACAGAAAGAACAAAAACUGCUGAAAGAAUAUGUUCAGGAAAAACAGGAAUUUGAAAUGAAAAAGAGAGAGCAUGAAAUUGAGACAGAAAACAUGAAGAAGGAUAAUGAAAAUCUGAAAAAAAUCUACGAAACAAGAAUUAAAACUCUAAAAGAAACUCAUGAGGAUGAAGCAAGAAAAAAAGCUGAGGAACUGAAUGAAUUCAAAGAGAAAUACCUCAAAGAGUUUACAGCUCAGAGAGAAGAGUAUGAGAAACAACUGAAAGAUAAAGAUGAAAAGUAUGAUCUGCUGCAGGCGCUCAAAGCCCACAAUGAAAAACAAACCAGAGAUAAGCACAAAGAGGAAAUCAAUGCGCUGGUCCAAUGUGUGACAAAUAAGAAAGAGAAUUUGAAAAAAAUCAAAGACAUGCUAAUAAGACAUGAGACCCAAACAAAACAAGUGAAAUCUCAGGAGGAGAUUGAAAACCUGCAGAGAAUUCAUGACAGAGAAAUAAGUGACAUGGUUCAGCAACUUCUGAAGGAAAGUGAUUCAAAAUCUUCCUGUUCCAUUCAGUGA